CGUCAGUCAGUCUGAGUCUAGUUUCCAGGCGUUCAUUGUCAGUGUUGGCCAGUAGUCCUUUGGAUCUUUAACCUUGUUUUGGUGUUUACUCGUGAUCUGUAUCUCAUUGUGUUCAAAUUAUUUCAAGUAUUAGUAGCCUAAGAGAUUUAUUGUAUAUUACCAACGAGCAGACUUACUAUUUUAUUAAUAGGACUUUAUUUAAACAAUCAAAAUGACGAUGGAAAUGGUACCUAAGGAUUUAAGGACAGCUAGGGCUUGUUUGUUUUGUUCCCUUAUUAAGACAUUCGACCAAUUCGAGUUUGAUGGAUGUGACAACUGCGAUUCGUUUUUGAGGAUGAAAAACAACCGAGACAAUGUUUAUGAGUGUACCAGCUCUAAUUUUGAUGGAAUGAUUGCACUCAUGAGUCCAGAAGACAGCUGGGUGGCCAAGUGGCAACGAAUCAACAGGUUUACAAAAGGGAUCUAUGCCAUUUCGGUGGCUGGGAAGUUGCCUAACGGAGUUAUUCGGGAUCUGAAAAGCCGUGGAAUCAUCUACAAGCCCAGGGACACCAGUCUUCGAUAACUUUUAAACAGUUCAAACUUUUACUGAUGUAUAGGCUACGUGAGUUAUAUUUAUGAUUGGGAUUUAAUAUUUACUUAAAUAUAUGUUUGUUUGUAAA